GAAAGAGGGCGGGUCUCGUUGUAGCUGAGCUAACUGUUGUCCUGUACUUCUGUAUCGUGCCUGGUAUCAAGCUGUGAAGAUACUGUAGCUCUGGAUUAUUAUCAAGAUAGAUGUCUGACUAUCUCACAAUAGCAGAUCUAGGAGAUCUAUACAUAGCUACGUUUGAUGCUCGAAUCAAGUGGAGAAACUUCUUGCUAGUUCUUAAAAUACCCUCGGAUAUCAUUGACAGAAUUGGGAAAGAUUGGAGCAACAAUCCUGAUGACUGCUAUCGUGAGGGUUUGAAAGAAUGGCUGAAGGGUGAAGAGAGAAGCUGGGAAGAUGUUGUCAAAGCUUUGUCAAGUCCCAUUGUGGGCCACAGUGACAUAGCCAAGACCAUCGAGAAAGAUCAUCUACAGUCUACUGAUGCAAGCAAUCCUACUGAUGUGAAGUCAGAGGUUGACGAAAAUCACCAGAAGAUCAACGAUGAUUUGACUGUUUUCCUAGACGAGCUACUAGGUAAAGGUGCAUUUGGAGCAGUCUUCAAAGGUAGCUACAAGGGCGAGAUUUGUGCAGUCAAACUUCUAAUUUACGAGGCUGUAGAAAUGCAGACAGGUUUCCCAACAGGAAAAAGUGAAGAAGCCAGCAAAGCAUUUGAUCGUGAGUGUGAGUAUCUCCAGUCACUCCAGCACCCAAACGUUGUUCUGUAUUUGUCGACUGCCAAGCAUCCCAAAUCAGGUGGUACAAUCCUCGUUGUUGAGCUGAUGGAUUGCAAUCUGAGAUCCUAUUUCUCUAGCCUUGAUGAACAGUCUCUCACUAGCAAAUGGGAAAUUAGCCUCUCCAAAGACAUGGCUUGUGGUCUGGCCUACAUUCACAGCAAGCAGAUUAUCCACCGUGACCUCUGUGGCGAUAACGUCUUGCUGAAGCUUACACGACCAGUGCCUGUCGCAAAGAUAUCCGACUUUGGCAUGUCACGGCUAUACGAUCCCUCCAAGUUUAGCCACACCCUCACAGCCAUUGGUCACCGUAUGGGGUAUCUACCUCUCGAGGCUAUUCGAUUGGGCAAGGAGAAUUACGAUAAUAGCGUCGAUGUUUUUUCCCUUGGGGUGAUUAUGGUACAGAUUGUUUGCAAGCUGAAGACGAUCAAAUCUGUGGAAGAUCGAUCAUUCCAUGUUGCCCAGAUACCUCACACACACAGGUUGAGGAAGCUUAUCGACAGUUGCUUGCAAGAAGACAUGAGGAGGAGACCAUCUGCCAGGGACAUCUAUGCUUCACUGACAAGUGACUCUGAUACAGUGGAGGCAACAAAGAGGGAGUCCAAGGACACUCAAGUAAAACAUCAAGUAUCUGAGAAAGACACUCAUUCACAAGCAUCUAUCGAUCGGCUUCAAGCUAAGCAAGUUUGUGGACUAGAAGAAGUGAUCACUCCUCAACAAGAACAGUUUGAAGUUCAACCCAGAGAAAUUGAUCAUCUAGUGAAGUCUCUACAGAUACAACCUCGGGAGAACACUCAACCAGAUAAUAAAUUGACUGCAGAUGUUGACCUUACAAGUGGCUCGGACACAGUGGAGGCAACAAAGAGGGAGUCAAAGGACACUCAACCAGUCAAGAAGGCAUACAGGGAACGGAUUGAGCACAAAGAUGCUGAGCUGGUCAGGAGAGACGCCAUCAUUCAACAUCAACAUACCAGUGAAUUGUCCUCUGUUACAGUAAUGGAAGAUGUGUGUAAGAAGACUGGAGUGAGGGACCAACAACUAGAUCAAGAAGUCCCUGAGAGUGACAUCAUUCUAAUCGCGGAGAAAUUUCCUCACCUGCUGAACGUGCACAAGGCUUUGAAUAUUAAUGAUCUACAACAUGUUUACGAGAAACUACAUGAAAGUGCCAGCCCUCACUGGUUCAAUCUGGGAUUGGCUCUAGGUAUAACUCAUCCUGUUCUCACCAAUAUCAAUAUCAAGUAUCGUGAAGAUAAUUGGUUGUGCUUUCGUGAAAUGUUGGCUGAGCUCCUGAGUACACAACAUGUAACAUGGAGUCUCCUGUCAGACGCUCUCAAAAAGCCCACUGUGGAUCUCAUCAAUUUGGCUGACAGCAUCACAGUGAAUCAAUCCACAACUCCUAACCUGCUGGAUCGACUCAACCUCACCCCAGCCGACCUCGGUGAUGUAACUAAUGUUACAAGUCGUUAUGGCAAUCAAGCUGGAGUGGCUCAUGCAUUGAGAGCGUGGCAAAGAGUGAAUCCUUCCAGAGCUACCUUCAGGGCCUUGGUGGAAAUUGCCAUAGGACUGAGAAGAGGAGACACUGCUACAGACAUUUGUAGAUUCAUUGUAGACAAUACGGACCGAAACUGAAACUGAUAAAUAAUGAACUGAUCUUUACUUUGAUGUUGUUUGUGUCUCUGUAAUUAUAAUGUGUGAGCUUUUUAUUGAUGCUGUUUUUUUCAUACAUUGUUGUGGUAGUCUGUGAAAA